CUUAGCAGCAGUCGAGUCUUACGGCGGUCACUAACGGCAAACUAAUGUCUGAAAUGGAGAAGCUGUGCAAACUCUUCGUUGGCGGUCUAAACGUCCAAACGACUAAUGAUGGUCUCCGCUCUUAUUUUGAGCAGUUUGGGAACCUGACGGACUGCGUGGUGGUCCAGAACGAUCAGCUUCAACGAUCCCGUUGUUUCGGCUUCGUUACGUACUCCACCUCGGAGGAGGCUGAUGCAGCAAUGGCCGCCAGGCCACAUGUUGUAGACGGUAAAAACGUGGAGGUGAAGAGAGCCGUGGCUCGUGAAGACGCCGGAAGGCCCGAAGCUCUCGCCAAAGUCAAGAAAAUAUUCGUCGGUGGCUUAAAAGAUGACAUCGAGGAAAAAGACCUCACCGAAUUUUUCUCGCAGUUCGGCAUGAUCGAGAAAUCCGAAGUCAUCACCGACAAAGACACCGGCAAGAAGCGUGGUUUCGGCUUUGUCCACUUCGAAGACAACGACUCUGCGGACAAAGCCGUCGUGCUCAAGUUCCACAUGAUCAACGGACACAAGGUGGAGGUGAAGAAAGCGCUCACGAAACAAGAGAUCCAGGCUGCCGGUGGAGCCCGCGGCGGCAGAGGGAGAGGCGGAGGAAGAGGCAUGGGCCGCAAUCAAAAUGGCUUCGGCGGCGGUAGAGGAGGAGGCUACGGCGGCUACGGGGGCGGCUAUGGCGGAGGAUACGGCGGAAACGAUGGCGGCUACGGCGGUAGCUAUGGAAGUGGAGGCUACGGUGGCGGUUACGGAGGUGGAUACGGAGGAGGCUACGGUGAGCAGAUGGGGGGCUAUGGCGGUGGAAACGGUUACAGUGACUUUGGCAGCGGAUACGGCCAGCAGUCGUCCGGCUACGGUCCCAUGAAAGGUGGAAACACAUACGGCGGCAGGAGCGGAGCCCCCUACCCCCGUGGUGGUGGCGGUGGGCCUGGUUACGGCAGGGGUGGUUAUGGAGGCUACUAAAGCAGGUUGGGAAAGACUCUGCAGCUGCUCCCCUCCCCCAGGUUCUCUCGGUUUCCACAUUGGGCUCAUUCACCCGGCCAUGCAAGAGAUGGCGGACACUGUGAAAGCAUACCUAAAAGACCUCAAUUCUUAACAGGUAGGAAGAAGAUCUCUUCCCAGAAACCUGACUUGCUCGACCAGCUUUAGUUGUAGGACAUGUUCUAUUAUUAUUAUUAUUAUUCUAUAUAUCUCUAUAUGUCAUUUAUUUCCCAAUUUUAGGGCAUGCAGCAAGAUGGCCCCGCUUUUCUUUCUUUCUUUUUAAAGAAACGAUUUGUUCGCAGCCGAUUCGUUUUUAAAUUUUGUUCAACACUGGCGAUUUGUUGUCUAAAUGCAUACUCAAUAGACUUGUUUUCUAUAUAAACUGUUGCCUAGCAGUGUCAUGGGGGGGAUUAACGCAUGCAGUUUUGAGUUUGUGUUCGUCUUUGUAAAACCCACCACGAGAUUUUUUUUCCUAACUAGUUUAUCAUGAUGGGGAUAGAUUAGGCUUACGUGAUUUUUGUUUUAUUUAGUAAACUAGAAGAGAAACGCACUCAUCUGAGUUCAGUUCAACGUUGUGUAAGCAUCAUACUUCCAACAUUCUCUUGUGUAUUGUAUAUUAUGUCUUCAGAUCAAUCCAGUAUUGUUAAACAUUGAUAUGCAAUUGUAUGUUACUUUUUAAAUAAAAGUUUCACAGCUUAA